UAAUUUCUCUCCUAAAGAACAGAAUAGAACAGAAUAGAACAGAAGAGAGUAGAAGAGAAUAGAAUAGAAGAGAAGAGAAGAGAAGAGAAGAGGAUAUAUAAUUUAAGGUAGCGCAUAUGUCGGCGAAGGACUGCGACCACCACGGCGGGGGGUACUACUGGGGGUGGGGCCGGCACAAGUUCUACCGGCGGCUGUGCGCGGUGCUGCUGUUCCUGGUGAUCGUGGCCCUGCUCGUCAUCCUCAUCGUCUGGCUCGUCCUCCGCCCCUCCAAGCCCAAGUACUACCUGCAGGACGUCACCGUCUACUCCCUCAACCUCUCCAGCCCCAGCUACCUCUCCACCACCAUCCAGGUCACGCUCUCCUCCAAAAACCCAAACGACCGGGUCGGCAUCUACUACGACAAGCUGGACGUGUACGCGGAAUACAAGAACCAGCAGAUCACCGUCCCGACGGAGCUCCCGACCGGGUACCAGGGCCACGACGACGUGUCGGUGUGGUCGCCCUACCUCGCCGCGACCAACGUGCCGCUGGCGCCGUACCUCGUGGUUGCGCUCGCCGAGGACCAGACCGCCGGCUAUCUGCUCAUCGACAUCAAGGUCGAUGGCCGCCUUCGCUGGAAGGUCGGCACCUGGAUCUCCAGCAACUACCACAUCUCCGUCAGCUGCCCCGCGUUCCUCACCGUCCUUAACGGUAACGGCAACGGUAACAGCGUAACCGGGUACCACUUUCAGCAGAUCUCUUCGUGCACCGUUGACGUUUGACUUUUUGACCGUGAUCGAUCACUCUGUUCAUUUGUUGGUGUAAAAUUGAGUAGAAUUACGUGUUGCCGGGUGGGGUACGUGUUAUGGUGGAUGUAAUAAUGGUGGAAUAAUAUAGUGGGUGUGUAGGGGUAAAAACGAAAUGAGAAAUUGUGGUCUUUAAUUAAUAUUUAUUAUUAUAUAUUUAUUGUUGCUCAAUUGUUCAUAUGUUGAUUAGUUCGUGUCAUAAUUAAGUAUCAAAUGUUUGUUUGCAAUUAA